CUUGACAAACAACAACAACACUUGCCACCCACAAUGUCGCUCUUGGCAGGAUACGAGUCGUCCGACGACGAGACAGCAGGGCCGUCCAUCGUCGCGUCUUCAUCUCGUACCGCUGUCGCCGCCGCACCCGACAUUGAUGACGAUGAGGACGAUGAGCAGUUGGAAAAGCAGGCUCAGACCGACGCCUUCGGAUUGAGCGGCAACGGCACAGCCAAGGCCGAGGCGCUCGACACGACUGUCGCGGUGGCUGCCGCGCCAGAUGUUCUGAAGGAGGACCCGAAUGCCAUCUCCAACGCCAUCAUCGCUCGGCCAACGGACCAGGUCAUCAAUGUCAACUUGCGGUAUGAGGACAUGACCCGGCCGGUGCAGGGCCCGCAGGACCCGUUCAACCAGGCCAAGAACAAGGGAAUGAACUCUUUGUCUGGCCAUGUUGAGCAGCAGGCGAUGGACAGCUACGAGUUCAGCAGGCAACAACGGACAUUUGCGGUACAUGGGUACGCGCUGGACCCAACAGCGAACGGCGGGGCCGGUGUUGUUGGGUCUUUGGAAGCGGCACAGGCGAACGGCUUCUCCAUGGUCGACACGUUCAAGGUCUCGCGAGCGACGAGGAGGGCCGAGAAGCGCAAGCGCCAGGCGGGUGGCGACGCGAGUAUUGUCGACGGCGACGGCGCGUACAUUGGCCCAUGGGCCGACUAUGAGGGCGCCAAGGACGUCGAGGAGGAGGUCGAGGAGGACGCCGAGGAGUGGCGCGAGGAGAAGCGCCGUCGCGAGGAGGCCAAGGAGGCAGCCCAGGCCAAGAUGAAGGCUGCUCGCGAGGAGAAGUCCAUCUUCCACGGAAAAGAGCUCCACGACUACGCCGGACGAACGUACAUGCAUAUCCCGAACGACGUCGACGUCAAGCUCAACCCCUCCGAGAGCGCGCCGCCACCCAAUGCCUACAUGCCCAGCGGCAAGUGCAUCCACACCUGGACGGGUCACAACAAGGGCGUUUCGGCGAUCAGGCUCUUCCCGAAGAGUGGACACUUGUUGCUCAGUGGCAGUAUGGACACGAAGAUCAAGCUCUGGGACGUGUACCACGAGGGCAACUGCCUGCGAACCUUCCUCGGCCACUCGCAAGCGGUCAAGGACGUCACGUUCAACAACGACGGAUCAAAGUUCUUGUCGUCUUCGUACGACCGCACGAUCAAGCUCUGGGACACGGAGACGGGCAAGUGUAUCCAGGCCUUCUCGAACGGCAAGGUCGCCAACGUUGUCAAGUUCAACCCCGACGGCGACAAGCAGAACGUCUUCCUGGCCGGUAUGCAGGACAAGAAGAUUAUCCAGUACGACCUGAGAGCACACGAGAUCACGCAGACAUAUGACCAGCAUCUCGGUCCGGUCAACACCAUUACGUUUGUGGACAACAACCGCCGUUUCCUCACGACCUCGGACGACAAGACGAUCCGCGGCUGGGACUAUGACAUUCCCGUCGUCAUCAAGUACAUCGCCGAACCGUACAUGCACUCGAUGCCGUCGGUCGCCAAGCACCCAAGCAACAAGUACGUGGCGUGCCAGUCGCUCGACAACCAGAUUCUCGUCUACUCUGCCGACGGCAACUUUAGGCAGAACAAGAAGAAGCGGUUUGCGGGUCACACCGUUGCGGGCUAUGCGUGCGCCGUCAACUUCUCGCCAGACGGCAAGUACAUCUCAUCUGGCACGGGCGGUGGUGACGUCGUGUUCUGGGACUGGAAGACUGGCAAGAUCGCAAAGCGGAUGCACGCGCACGACCAGGUCGUGAUUGAUCACGUGUGGCUGCCUAAUGAGCAUUCCAAGGUCAUUACCGCUUCGUGGGAUGGAUUGAUCAAGCUGUGGGCUUAGAGGGGGGAGAUUUGAUGGUGGUAGUUUAUGCAUCAUGUAGAGAGCAGCCUAGUUGCUGCUUGCAUUGCAUUGCACAUGUUGGGGC